UCUCAUUUCAUUUUUCAAACGGAGAAGUUGCUGCGCACGUUUAACGCAUUGUAAAACAAAUUAAAUUUUAAGUAGAACGGUCGAAACGUUGCAAACGAAACUAAACUCAAAAUCUCUAACAGACAUUUAAAUACUAGAAAUAAAUAAAUUCAACGAAACUUAAAGGCGAAAGAGCGACUAUUAGGCCGGUCGACUGCGUGCGUAAGCGUCCGUGUGCGUGUGUGUAUGCGAACCCAUUCAUAUAUGUGUGUGUAAGCCAUAAUCCAAUCAGCACAAAGGAUACCAAAGCUGCAAUUGCUAACAGCAACAACAAAAACAAUCUUAAGCAGGAGGAGAUUAAUUGCAUUGUAAAAUGGACUUCAAUUUUGCGGAUCUGAAGAAGGAGGCGGCCAAUACGGCUGAGGACAUUUUCAAUGCAGCCAGCAAGCAGGUCAGCAAUACCUACGAUGAUUUGCUCGGCGACGUUAACGUCGGCAGUGGCAGCGCCAACGUCAGCGGCGAAGGUGUGCAGGACGAUAAUGCCCAUACCGAAAAGUAUUUUGCCAAUGAGCAAAAGAAUCUGGAUUUCGGUGAUCCACAGGCAUUCGUGCAGCGCAUGUCCGCCGGGGCGAAGGAGGCGCAGGAGCAGCUGGAUGCAAAGUUUGCACAAAAAGCGGAUGAUUUUGGAGACUUCCUAAAGCAGGGUGUGAAGGAUGUCAAGCAGAAUGUGGGCGAGUUGACUAGCGACUUUAUGAAUGUUGAGCGCGGAAUGUUCGGAGAUGCUAACAAAGUGGCUCCUCCUUCAGCUCCCGCUGCAGCAUCUGCGCCAGUUGCAGCUGCUGCAGCACCUGUCAAGCCUGUCCACGAUCAGGAGGAGGAUUUGCUGGGUUUCAAGCCAGUAACCAGUGCUCCCUUGCAGCCAUUUGAGCCAACUGCGCCCUCAGCUCACGACCAGUUUUAUGAUGAUGACGACGAUGACUUCCUAAUCAAACCAACUCCAGCUGCUGCUCCAGUUGCUCCUGUAGCUCCAGCGCCAGCUCCAACUCCUGCUGUGGCCAACAAGGAUUCGGAUACAGAUUCACCCUCUGUCUCGUAUACUCCUUCGCCGGCUAAGAAGCCCAUUGCCGAUGCUCUCAAGGAGCAGGACAAUGAGAAAUUCAUCUCUUCCGAGGAUCUGCUCAGUGAUUUCAAGGAUGUAGCAGCUACCGCAGCAGUUCCGGCUCCUGCCGCAGUUCCGAUUCCGUCUUCUACUCCUGCUUUGAUUACCGAUUUGGAUGACGACGAUUUUGUUGCUAAGCCGGCGGCCAAGGUCGAGCCUCCGAAAGUGGUGCCACCAAAGGUAGAGCCGCCCAAGGUGGUGCCGCCCAAGGUGGAGCCAGCCAAACCGGAGCCAGCCAAGCAGCAGCCACCGCAAAAGCAACAGCAACAACAACCAAAAAUCGUAUCUGUGGAGGAAAUCUUUUACAAGUACGGACUUGAUGCCUGGUUCAAGCCCGAACGUUUGCACCCGCUAGUCGAAUCGCUGAUCUAUUGGCGCGAUGUGAAAAAGUCAGGAAUUGUAUUCGGCGCCGGCCUAAUCACCCUGGUGGCCAUCUCCUGCUUCUCGGUGAUCAGCGUCUUUGCCUAUUUGUCGCUGCUCACUCUGAUUGGAACCGUCGCCUUCAGAAUCUACAAGUCUGUGACACAGGCGGUGCAAAAGACAAACGAUGGACAUCCCUUCAAAGAAUAUCUGGAACUGGAUCUGACGCUCUCGCAGGAGAAGGUGCAGCACAUUGCAGGCGUGGCUGUGGCCCAUAUAAAUGGCUUCACGGCCGAGCUGAGGCGCUUGUUUUUGGUUGAGGAUAUCGUUGAUUCGAUUAAAUUUGGAGUUAUUCUGUGGGUAUUCACCUACAUUGGAGCCUGGUUCAACGGCAUGACGCUGGUCAUACUAGCCUUCGUCUCGCUGUUUACCUUGCCCAAGGUCUAUGAGAAUAACAAACAAUCGAUCGAUACCUAUUUGGAUCUGGUGCGCAACAAGUUGACAGAGAUUACCGACAAAAUCCGGGUAGCUCUGCCCAUUGGCAACAAGAAGCCAGUCGCCGCCGCCGAGUCGGAAAAGGACAAAUAGAAAGCAAAUAAUAAUAAUAACAACAACAACAACAACAUGUUUAUUUAUUUAUUAAGCAUUAUUUGAAUGGUUUGAAAUAUUCAUUUGGGGCAUAACAAAAUAAAUACAUCUCUAUUAUAUAUAUAUGCAAAUUGUAUAAAUACAAUUUACAAGCAACAACAACAACAACUAUGUAAACCCAAAACUAAAAAUUUUGAAAACAAAAGCAAAAACAUUUAAGAAACAAAACAAAAAAAAACAAAAAAUAUCAACUCGUAGCAGUUUAAACAUUGUCCAAGUGUCUUUAAGUUUUUAAACGAACGAAAUCAAUUUGCAUAAAUAAAAAUCAAAAAUUGUUUUAAAAUAAAAAGAAAAACAAGAACACAGCCACAGCAAUGCAAUUAAGCGUUUCCUCCGUUUCCAAAAACCAAAUUUACAUUUGACUUUUUUGUUUUUGCAACGAGACUUUUAACGAAGAAAAACUUUGAUUUAGUCAAAAGAUAAAAACUUAAAUGCAUAGAAAUAUUUAUGCAAGAUAAAAAGAAAAAAACAAAAACAUUGUACACCCAUUUUUAUUAGCAACUUCUUUUCUAAUUAAUUAAAAACGCUUUGCUUUAGUUCUAAUUAUAA